AUGGAGGCGGUGGGGUGCGCUCACGCGGCGGCGGCGGUUGCGGAAGCGGAAGUUGAUUUUGCGGGUACUGCGGUUGUUGAUACGGAUGGGAAUUUUGUGGACGGGGCGGCGGGUGUGGUUGGAGGUGAUGUUGAAGCGGUGGUGGAUGUUGGUGUUGGUGUUGGGGAUGCGCUGGGUGAUGCUGUGCGCCAGGAAGGGGUGGCGGUGGCGCAUGUCCGUAAAUUACGGGAUGAUAUGGCGGGCUUAAUGCCGCAUGCCCCAUUGGUACAUGCAUAUAUUGUGGUGGUGGUGGGGGUGGAGGAGGUGGAGGAGGUGGUGGGUGAUGGGCAUGAGCAGCAUGAGGUGGAGGGGGGGGAGGGGGUGGUCGAUGAUAGGUUGCCGGAAGAUAUGACAUACCCUGCGGCGGGGGCAGGUGAGGAGGUGCAGAGGAGAAUGGAUCAGGAAGUUCGUUUAGAUGUGGGAUGGAAGGAUAUCGAUCGGAGGCGGGUAGGAUACGGCGUGGCAGGUUGGGUAGUCCUCGAGAACCCGGUGGCGGUGGAGGAGGAGGUGGGAGAAGAGAUCGUGGGUCGGUUGGCGGGAUCAUCUGGCCCAAGUACAGGCUGGGGGAGUAUUGUUCGGUGUAAUCCGCGGGGAUGA